UCCCAAUCUAUGGGAAACACCUAUUGUAGACCGAAAUUUAAGGAGAAAACCUUAACCUCGUUAAAUUUCGUUUGGUCUCGUGUUCUAACCACUUCUGAUCCGUUUCUUGGCGAAAUAUUGAAAUAAGUAUCUCUGGAAGAGUCGUUCGAAGUUGUUUCAGAUUGCCUGAUUGUCUGACCGAAAUCACGUGUACCAUGAUUACGGCAACCUGCAGGUUACUGUUUCCUCUUAAUAGGAAACAGCUUAAUCCGCUAAAUUUCUUUUGUAUUAGGGAAUUUGCUUCUGCACAAGAUUUUACUACAUCUGAAUCGAAACACGGGAUAGAAAAAGAUUCCUUACCACUAAAACCAAAAAAACCUCCGAAUGUAUUUCUGUUAUAUUAUAACGCUGUGAGAAAUGAGUUGCAAAAAGAGUAUCCCGAUUAUAAAUCGAAAGAACUCAUGAAAAAGGCGUCAGAGAAAUGGGCGGAAAUUGACCCAACGAAGAAGCAGGAUUUUCAGAAGCAAUAUUUUGAUCAAAGUUCUGUGUACAAGCAAAAAUUAAAGGAUUAUGAGAAUUCUUUAACUGAUGAACAGAAGAUGGAAAUAGUACAAGAAUUAUUGAAGAAAGGAUAUGCUUUGAACAAGGGCGAAGUUAAACAAAAACUUACAGAACUUGGAAAACCAAAACGACCAUUAUCUGCCUUCAUGUUAUUCUUGCAAAAUAAAAGAAUUACCAAAAAGCCACAAGAACUAUACAAAGAUUGGAUAAAUAAUGUGACUGAAGAAUGGAGAAAUAUGACGACGGAAGAUAAAAAUAAGUAUAACGCAGAAGCAAAAGAUUUAUUAGAAAAAUAUAAGAUUGAGAUGAAAAAAUGGGAGGAAGAUAUGAUUAAAGCAGAUCAACGACACGGGUCUGCAGAUGGCUUGGAACUUUACGUUAGCAAACGUGCUUUACAAACUGCGAUGAAACGGAAUACGGCAAUGGAUACAUCGAUAAACGAUGUUAAAAAGACAACUAUACAACCUCAUGAUACACAUAUACGUACACAGAUAUAUACAUAUUUUGUCUCUACGUGGAAAAGAGUUUUGACAGUUCUAAAAGAGAUUAGUGAAAACUGGAAGACGAAAUUAUACUAACCCAAAUGAGGUGACUAUUAUGAUGAUGGCAGCAGCAGAUGCAUAUGAUGGUUUAUACUGUCAAUAUUUUAUAUAUUGUAUAUUGUAUGUUCAUUAUAUUUACAUCAUCAUUAAUGAUUGUGAAAUUUAUCUUGAAAUAAUAUGAGUUAUUUUUCAUCUUACUAUUUCUUCUUUUUCAAAUGCGUAUGUACAAUUUGUAUGUUCAUUAUAUUUACAUCAUUAAGGAUUGUGAAUCUUGAAAUAACAUGAGUUAUUUUUCAUCUUACUAUUUCUUCUUUUUCAUAUGCGUAUGUACAAUUUUAUAA